GCUUUGACCUGCAUACGUAGACAUUGAUAUUGAAUUCCUGCCAUAUUCUUUCAAUACGUUUGUUAGUCACUGAUUCCCUUCGCUAGGUUCGACAUUCUGCUGGUAGCCAGACGAACGCCGAUUUCCCUUAGUUAUACCCUCCUUCCAUGACCACCGAAUCCCGACUCCUCGUCCUACCCAAGGCAUCGGGCAACCUUUCACCAUCGUCAGCCGCCACCUCGCAACUGUGAACACCGCCUGUUUCUGUGCAUCUCAGAUAAGAACGAAGAGCGGCUUAGAGGCAAUCAUCUCCGGAAUGUCACGCUGGCAGUGAUAGGAGGAUUCCGGUCGAGUUUGCAAGGUCCCCAUCUUGCGUCGCAUCUUGCGCUUUUGAACAAUGACACACAAUCAUGGCCGAAAAAUCGGAGAAAGGCACUGAUGCUGCCCCUAUCAGGCCGGUGUCAUCGCUGAGAUCUCACUUCGAGGGUCUCAAGAUCACUCAGCCGCAAGUCGAUGAACGUGGCAGUAUACCGUCAUCCCCACAACCCUUACGACCCGUCGAUGGACCAUCACCACUCCCUGCGAUUAGAAAAUCGUUUGACUUGGUCCGACCGACUUCUCCGUGGGCAGGAGGGGGAAACGUCAACAAUGGCGGCUCACUUACUCCGCUGAGAGGCGAUGAGUCUCCCACGAGGUCGAACCACAAACGACCGAUGUCUAUGUUAAUUCAGUCCUCUCCUCAAUUGACGCCCUCAGUCAAGGUUGACUCGCCGCGAUCACCUCCUCGUACCUUCUUCGAAAGGAGCGUCUCACGAUCUCCUGAACGUUUUGACAACACGCCAUUUGGCAAAGUCCGAGAACUCGUCUCUCAACAUUCCAGUCGAGCUUCCUCCAGACCGCCAUCCCCUCGUGCCACGAGUCCUGAACACCACGUCACAUUAGACGCAGGCGGAAAUGAACAAAAUAGGAGGGAUCCGUCGACGCCGAGAUCGCCGGCAAGGCCUCCACCGGUUAAUCGGGCCGAGAAACCAAAAAUUCCAGCAAAGCCAACUGCGAUUGCUUUGCCCGUGGGAAUCACUGUUGGUAAUGUCCUCAAUCCAGAGCCGCGCCGACCUUCUUUCGAUGCUAGGGUGUCACCAUUCAGUACGCCUCCUAGUAGCGACGAGAGUUCCCCUUCGAGAAGUCCUGAGGCCAUAGUCCCCUUCCCGACCAUUAGGCCGGUCGCACCCGCACCGCUACCUGGAAAGCCAACUGGGGCAGCUAUCCCUGACCCAGCCGACCGGCCAAAAGAUCCUCGCUCCAUGGGCUUCUCCUCCAAGCCAAGCGUGAUCGAGAAGAAAGAUCCACGUGCGCUGGGCUUUGCGACCAGCGAAUCGCAACCUCGACCUCCCGUACAACCGGCAGCCCUACCUUCUAGAGCGAAUACAGUUUCAGACAAGCCCUCAAGGGAUCCGCGCGAGGUUGGCCUUACUCCCGCAAAGCCCACGCCUCGUCAUGUUUCGGAGACAAUAAGACAUACACCUCCUCCAAUCGGCCAUUUACAACCGUCUCGAGCGCCCCCUGUCCGAGAUGCUAGACAAUUCGGGUUUUCUAGCCAUCAUUACCCUGAAGUUGGUGUUAUUGAGGAAGAACCACGUCCUGGGCUCCCGCCUAGACGGAAUAUAGAACCUCCGCCACGCCCCCCAAAUGAGUCCAAAAAUUCAACGAGGUCUAUGGAGCCACCAAGUCAAGUGGCAAACCCUGACAGGUCUAAGAAACCCAUGUCAACGCAGCAGGUGUCACGAACCCCAACGAUGCCUCUAGAUACUCGGUUCCCUCCACCACCCAAGCGUGGCAGUGUUGACAGCAUUGAACCGCCCAUACCAGCAAGGCCGCAAGCAUUUAAUGGAACAUCAGCCACCCGACCCGUUGCUAAACCGUACGGAAGCGAUUCUGACGAGGAAGAAGAGCCUGUCGAGGAGCCUUCCACGCUGAAAUCUGAAUAUCCUGACGCUACUCAUACCAACCGUCGCCCGCCUUUCUGCAAAGGGGCCAUAUGGGAGAUUGCCACCAAGUCCGACUCAAGAACGAUGGGAGUCUGCGGCAAAUUUCUGUGCACGGCCGGCUAUACCACCAGAGUCUUUGACAUGACUUCUGGGGAACAGAUAAUGAGUAUCAAUCAUGGCGAGACUGUCAAAGUGACAGCAAUGGCUUUCAAACCUGCCCCGGACUUGACUGGCGAGGGCGCCAAGAUGUGGUUAGGCACAAAUGCUGGUGACUUGAUGGAGGUAGAAGUGGCUACUUAUACUGUCAAGACAACGAAUUCUUCGCAUAAUCGACGAGAGAUUGUUCGCAUAUUGCGGAGCAGGAAGGACUUGUGGACAAUAGACGACGACGGCAAGCUCUUUGUAUGGAAAGCAGACGAAACAGGGGUGCCGAAUAUGAAGUACAGCCAUGUCUCUCACAAAGUCCAGAAAGGUCAUUCCUUUUCAAUGGCCAUUGACGGAAUGCUUUGGCUUGCAACAGGCAAGGAGAUACGGAUAUACAAACCGGGCGACGAGAUGUCCUUUACAGCCUUAACGAAGCCUUUGUCACAACAUGGGACUGGAGAUAUCACUUGUGGUACCCAGUCGACUGAAGGUGGAGGUAGGGCAUACUUUGGCCAUAAUGACGGACGAGUUACCAUCUACUCUACCAAAGACUUUUCUCUGAUUGGAAACCUCAAAGCCAGCGACUACAAGAUCAACAGCAUGUCAUUCGUCGGCGACAAGCUUUGGGCAGCUUUCAAGACGGGAAUGGUCUAUGUAUACGACACGUCCACAUCCCCUUGGAAAGUGAAGAAAGACUGGCGAGCUCAUAACGGUCCAGCUACAGAAAUCCUACUUGACCCUAGCAGUGUAUGGACCCUGCAGCGACUGCAGGUCGUAACAAUCGGUCACGACAGCUUUGUCCGGUUAUGGGAUGCCGCUCUUGAAGAAGACUGGAUAGAAUCCCAGAUGCAAGAACGAGAUGUCGAGUACUGCACAUUCCGAGAGAUCCGUGCUGCAGUGGUCACCUGGAAUUGCGGCGCUUCUUCACCCUACAACUUGCGCAAGGACUUUAUUGCCGAUGCGAUACAUGCUGAUGAUCCACCAGAGAUCCUGGCAUUCGGAUUCCAGGAAGUGGUCGACCUGGAAGACCGUGCCGUCACCGCAAAGAGCCUUCUCGGCUUCGGCAAGAAGAAAGAUACAGUCAAGGCCGAACAGCAUCAAAGUCGUGUCUACCGCGAGUGGCGAGAUCAUCUGACUUCGGUCAUCAGCCGGUACACCAGCGCCCACUACUCAUACUCGGAAUUACAGACCUCCAGCUUGAUUGGCUUGUUCCAAUGUGUCUUUGUCAGACAAAAAGAGCGGCCCAACAUUAGCAAUUUGCAAGCUGCGAGUGUCAAGCUCGGCUUGAAGGGACACUAUGGCAACAAAGGUGCACUAAUCACCCGGUUCGUCUUGGACGAUAGCUCCGUAUGCUUCGUCAACUGCCAUCUAGCAGCAGGCCAGACGCACACAGCGCACCGCAACAACGACGUCGCAAGCAUCCUGGAAGCUGAGUCGUUGGACGCCGAACCAGACCCUGACAAGCGAAGCUCACUCUACGUUGGCGGCGGCGAUGGCACGCAGAUUCUUGACCAUGAAAUCUGCAUACUGAACGGCGAUCUGAAUUAUCGCAUCGACGCGAUCCCACGCGACUCGGUCAUCAACAUGAUCAAGCGGAAUGAGCUCGCAAAACUGCUGGAACGCGAUCAGAUCAUGGUCUCCCGUCGGCGCGUGUCUGGGUUCCGAUUGUCGCAGUUCAAUGAACUUCCAAUCACAUUCGCGCCGACGUACAAGUACGACGUGGGCACAGAUAAUUACGACUCGUCAGAGAAGAAGCGUGCCCCGGCCUGGUGUGACAGGCUGUUGUAUCGUGGCCCAGGACGCGUGAAGCAGCUCGAGUACAGACGGCAUGAGGUGCAGACGAGCGAUCACCGGCCCGUCAGUGGGAUCUUCAAGUUGCGGGUCAAGACGAUUGAUCCGCGCAAACGGGCGCGAGUGAAGGAAGACUGCUUCGCAAAGUUCGCCGAGGUCAGGAGACGCAUGGCCGAGAAGGCCAGUAUUGAGUACCUCGUGUCUACGUUGAGCGUCGCUGAGGCGGAAGCAAAACGGCUGAUUACGGGGAAGUAAACUUGAACAUACCUAGGUAGGAUUCAGACCUGUCGUGUCGUGUCUUAGAUAGCUGUCCACCAAAUCUCGAACAAGUGCUAUCAGAUAGCCAUUCUGG